AUGUCAUAAAUACCUGAGUUCAAAUAAUAGUAACUGGGAUAUACCAGUGUCAUUUUUGCAUGUUAAUACAUAUUAUUAUCUAUAUAUUAAUUAUUAUCACUUUGUUUUGAUCCGAAUGCAGUUAGAAAAGAUGCCCAAGGUAGGUCGUUUCACGAAGAAAGUCCGUAUAGCCACAGCAUGUCAGCAACCUCAAGUAGGAUUUGAUGCGGCCUCAACUUCGCAGAGAGCGGACUGCCCAAUUCCGCCGCCAGUGGCAAUGGUGUCCCCGCAUCCUCAUCUUUACGCCCCUUUCGUUCGCAUUGCAGCGAACCACUGCCUGCUCCACAGGCUUGCACCCAUGAUAUUCAAAACUCGGAGCCGGACACCGAAGACUUAGACCCAGAGGCAGAUGAGGUAGAUUCUUUUGACUAACAUGUUGAUAACCUUUUUGCUGCAUCGGAUGCUCAGAAGCGCAAGGGACGCAAAAUCACAGAAUUUUGGGAUGUUAAAACAAUUGAAUCUGAUGGCACAAUCAAACAGGUCAAACUGAGUGUGAAGGAAGCUAUGAAGCCACCUAACGGAAGAAAGAUUGUACUUAGGUUUAACAGUGCACUGCAACCAGUUGGGGAUGAAGCAGGUCUACUGAGCAGCGUUAUGGGACUGCUAGGAUCUGACUACACCAAAUUUCUAAUAUGCGAGAAGGACUGGAGAAAGGUUCGCACCAGGGACAAGAUCUAUAAUGAAUGUGUAAAGGAAAUGUUCCAUUUUGAAGAAGAUAGUAGAGGAAUUAUCAAGCGUAUAAUAUUCAAAAUGCUAGGAAGGGCUUGGAAGGAAACGAAGAACAGAUUAUACCAUCACUGCUAUGACCCAGAACUUUCACUUGAAGAAAAUAUCGAAAACCGCCCAGAUGGAAUUACUGCGAACCAUUGGAGGUGGUUUCUCGAUUAUCGCAAUAGCGAAGAGACACAUGUAAUAUAGUUUUGUUUCAUAACAGAAAAAGUCUAUUUAUGUCACAUUGAGUUAGUCAGAACUAGUGUCUAGUAACUCUUAAUUUGAUGGCAUGACAGGAGAAGUGUAAGAAAAAUGCUGAGAAUCGAUCAAACCAGCUUUACACCACACCGGCGGAUCGAAAAGCUUGGCAAGGCUCGGAGAAGAAGAGUUAAUCUAAUUUUAGGAAUGUUUUUGAACU